GCGGCUUGUUUUGUUUUUUUCCGGCUUGCGGGGCGUAGCUUCGGUGAGCGGCCGUCCUUCCCGCCCUCACCGCCGUCUGCACCCUGGCUGAUCUUCGGGCUCCAUCGGCCGGCGCUCCCGCGAGCGCCUCGGGGCGGGGUCCCUGUCAUGCCGCUGGUGCGCUACAGGAAGGUGGCCAUCCUCGGGUACCGCUCCGUAGGGAAGACAUCUUUGGCACAUCAAUUUGUGGAAGGCGAGUUCCUGGAAGGCUACGAUCCUACAGUGGAGAAUACUUACAGCAAGACAGUGACUCUUGGCAAAGAUGAGUUUCACCUACAUCUAGUGGACACAGCAGGGCAGGAUGAGUACAGCAUCUUGCCCUACUCCUUCAUCAUCGGUGUCCACGGCUACGUGCUGGUGUAUUCUGUCACCUCUCUGCAUAGCUUCCAAAUCAUUAAGAGCCUGUACCGAAAGCUACAUGAAGGCCACGGCAAAACCAGGCUGCCGGCGGUGCUUGUGGGGAACAAGGCAGACCUCUCUCGAGACAGAGAGGUGCAGGCGUUUGAAGGGAAGAAGCUGGCGGAGUCCUGGGGUGCAACGUUUAUGGAGGCGUCUGCUCGAGAGAAUCAGCUAACUCAAGACAUCUUCAUCAAAGUCAUCCAGGAGAUUGCCCGUGUGGAGAAUUCUUACGGGCAAGGCCGCCGAUGCCAUCUCAUGUGAGCUCUUAGCAUGGAAUGACUGCCUCAUGUCUGCCGCAGGCAUUUUCCAGCCUGCGGGGGGCGGGGGGCAGACUCUCAGGACUUAAGUGGUAUGCUGGCCAAUUAUGCCCCUAGCACUGUGGGCGUACAGUGUGGAACCCUCAUUUUUGCACACUCAUCCCAGGUUCUGUUAGCCUGGAUGUUAAUGUUUACAAAGGGGCAAGGAGUCUCACGGAGACUGGCUUCUAACUCCUUGCUUUUCUAAUCGAACUUUUACAGUCUGUAUAGUUGGGAUAUGAGUCUUGGGCAUUGAUUAUCGAGGACCUACCCUCCUGGGUCCAUUUUGGGUGUUGGUUGGUUGCUUGGCAGUUCUGAUGUAAAACUGGCUACUGGGGUGACUGUGUAUUUGUAAAUAAACGGAGA